UUAAUCAGAAGCAACAAAAAAACGUGAUAAAAAAUGGUUAACAGUAACGAAUAUAACCCAGAUGAGCUAAAUCCCCCUUUAUGGCUUGACAACGAAUUUUUCCAACGAGCUUUAAGAAAUUUUUACAAAGAUAACUUCAUUUCUGUUAAAAAUGUCGUUACUCGCCCAGGUACGAAAAUUGGUGAACAUUAUGCGAGUUGCAUGUAUCGCGCUGAAGUAACUUACGAAAACAAGGAAAAAUUGGAAAAAAUUGAAAAAUUGAUACUCAAAACACUCCCGACAGAAGAUGGACCAAAAUUGGAAAUGUUGAAGGCAUCAACGGCUUUUGAAACGGAAAUGCGAAUGUAUGGCGAAGUACUUCCCGCAAUGGAAAAAUUGCUAAAAAGUGUGGGAGAUGAGACACGAAUCGCUCCAACGCUGGUGUAUCAAAGUAAUGAACCCGUUCCUGUAAUAAUUUUCAUCGACGAAUGUCUAAAUGGCUUCAAAUCGUUCGAAAAACCACUAAAUUUGGAACAAACGAAGGUAUUGUGUGAAAGAAUUGCGAAAUUUCACGCAUGUUCUGUCUAUUUGAAUGAAAAUGGACUGGAUUUGACGACUUUCAAGGAUUGUCCUUAUAUAAAAGUUGAAGGCAGGAUGAACUUUUUGUCACUUUGGAUCAUGCCGAAUAUGAUAGACUCCUUUGAAACGAUGAAAAAAUGGAAAGGAAUCGAGAAAUAUCUUCCAGUUUUGGAGAGAUUCUAUGAAAAUUUUGAGAAAAACGUUGAAAAACUCUUUCGAAAUCCUCAAAAAGCUCCUUAUCGCAUCCUCAUCCACGGAGAUCUGGGGUAUAAAAAUAUGAUAUAUCGCAAUGACGGUACAAAAAGUGAUGAUUUUCUCCUUCUCGACUUUCAAUUUUCGUAUUUUAAUGGACCAGCGAUGGAUAUUUUGUCUCUUCUGUAUAACUGCACGAAUCAUGAGAUGCGUAAAAAUCACAGACAAGAAGUCAUUCACGAAUAUUUUCGAAUUUUCAUUGAAACUUUGAAGAAAUUCGAGUACAAAGGACGUUUUCCGACGUUAUUGGAUCUGCAAACCGAGAUUCUUCGUUGCGGUAUCUUGGAGUUUAUGGUUCUAAUUGUCUUAACCCCAUGGCAAUAUGUGGAUUUUUCGACACUAAACAUGAAUGUGAGUGAUAUGUCGCCCGCUGAUCUCCAUGCGAUCACGAAAAAAGUCUUUGACGUCAAGGAAUAUCAAGAUUUGGUGAUGGAUCGCGUGAAAUAUUUAACUGAAAUGGGAGUUUUUGAAUAA